AUGGCAUCCUCUUCCUUCAGGGACUCUAUCAACUCGCUGGGUUGGAGUCGACGGGAUCCUGACAUCCCCGUCAACACUUCCCAGCAGAGCGGCUUCCUGUCAUCGCUCAAGUCGCUCAACCCCUUCCGCGACGGGGGCUAUGUACAACUUCCAACGACAGAAAGCUCCGGGGCGCCUCUCCCCGCGCCCAACAGGAGGGAGGAAGAGGAAGGCUGGUUUGCCUUGAGCCGUUGGGACCGAUUAAUGAUCUUCGCCAUGUGCAUCCUGGCGUCCGUUGCUUGCUUCGUAAUCGCCUUUACUUUUCUUCCUAUCAUGGCCACCAGGCCUAGGAAGUUUAUAAUUUUAUUCACUCUCGGGUCGCUAUUCUUCAUGGCUUCUUUCGCUGCUAUGAUGGGUCCCAUGGCGUACCUCCAGCAUCUUGUCUCCGGACCUCGUCUGCCUUUUACCGCUGCGUACGCCGGGUCGAUAUUCCUUACGUUUUACUUUUCCCUUGGACUGCACAGCACGUUCCUCACCUUGAUCUCCGCCGUCAUCCAGAUCAUCGCCUUGGUAUGGUAUCUCGUCAGUUACUUCCCCAUGGGAUCUACUGGAUUGCGCUUCGCAGCCAGCUAUGGAACCCGGCAGGCUACUUCUUGGAUGACUGGAUAA